CAAUUCCACAAAAAACGAACUCCCGCGUGAGGUCGGGGGAACCCGCGCAGCAAAUAUGACCAAGCCUGACAUAAGGCCUCGAGUUCUGUUUAUUGAUGCCUACGACAGCUUCUCGAACAAUAUAGUCUCUCUCCUCGAAACCGAACUCAAUGUUUCGGUCCGUACAGUCAAAAUCGACAAUCCGGCCCUCAGCUCCGACGCUGCCCUAUAUGAGGAGUUGAGACACUAUACAGCGGUGGUAUGCGGACCUGGCCCCGGUCAUCCCGGGAAGAAGGAGGAUGUGGGGAUCAUAGGAAGGGUUUGGAAGUUGGACGUCGAGCAGGUGCUGCCGGUCUUGGGCAUCUGUCUGGGAUUCCAGAGCCUGUGUCUUGAAUUUGGAGGGGAGGUGAAGAGAUUGAAAGGUCCGCAACAUGGGAUGAUCCGAAGAGUGAGACAUAUUGGGGAACAUGGGAGGGAUGGGAAGGAUACGGUCUUUGAAGGUGUUGGGAACCUGACAGCGACACAUUACCAGAGUUUAUGCGUGGAUAUUGGGCAGAGCUCAAUCGCACCAGACGUAUGGGAGGAACAUGUGUGGACCCCAACGAGGAAGUGCCCGGAUUUGAUGCCAUUGGCUUGGGUUGAGAGUUGUGGCGCGGAUGAGAAUUCGGGUGUGAUGGACGACAGAGUGCUAGUCGCAGUGCAACAUAGGGCGAAGCCGUUUUGUGCAUUGCAGUAUCACCCGGAGUCCAUUUGUACCAAUGAUGAAAGUAAACUGGUCAUCAGGAAUUGGUUUCGACAAGCUCAGAGCUGGAAUCUGACAUACCGCAAAACGCCCUACGACCAGAAAGUUCCUAUACACGGAAAGCUUCCCGUUCGCGAUAGUCUUACACACCAGUAUAAUGCAACAUGUCUACCAUCAUACCUUUCACCGGGAGAAAUCGAGGCAGAACGGUUUAUAACGGACUUGGAAUUGGAUAACGUUUACCGAGUUUCAACAACCCAACUGCCGGACGCUAUUUCGGUUCCAGACAUUGUUGAAGCUCUUCAGGAUAGUCGGCGAGAUCAUAUUAUUUUGGAGUCUUCAAAUAUCCACGAAAAGUCUACCGGGCCAGCAGAUGUCAGGGGCAGAUAUAGUAUUAUUGGAUUGGAUAUUGAUGGUGGUUUGAGAUUCGAAUAUAAAGCGCCAUCGAAUUCUAUCAAAGCCAUUUACCCCGACCAAGGAUUGGACAAGGAAUAUAUGAUUGAUCUCCGAGGUUUGGGUGUUUGGCCCUUCUUGGCCAGCUUUUUAGACAAGAGGCGGAUUUCCUCUGAUGACGAGGACAUACUAUCUCGAUCGCCAUUUUUGGGAGGUUUCAUGGGAUACACAACAUACGAGAUGGGUUUAGAGAGCAUCGAGGUAGCCUCUAAACCCAGAGGGGCAAACCACUCUCGCCCCGACUUAUGUUUUGCUUGGGUCACCCGAAGCCUUGUUAUAGAUCAUGUUGAGAAUGUAAUUCACAUGCAAGCAUUGGUCAAGAAGGGUUCCGAAAAUCCAACAUGGAUGGAUGCCGUGGCCUUGAAAUUGAAGCAGUUAUCAUUGCCAAAUAUCUCGGCCAUAUCUAGCAACCCUACGAAUGAGAAAAAGGUAGCAUCUGCAAGUUCAUCUCAAACAUCUAUUCUAUCAGACUUCUCUGAAUCUCAUGGCUCGAUAUCAAUGUCGUCGUCGGAUUCCAUCGAUCUUAGUAACGCGACCAAAGUACCCGACUUGGGCAUAUCAACCAGUCUCCCGCAUAACGACGAAUAUGAAACCAAAGUGCGCCGCUGUCAAGAAUACAUCCGCAGUGGUGAUUCCUACGAACUGUGCCUCACAGAUCAAACUACCGUCCAACGCCAGCGCUUCGAUUCCCCUCACAAACCAUCUCAUGUCCACACGCUAGAAGAUAUCGUUCUUCACCGUCAGCGAACCAUCCCGAGCCAUCCUUCCAGUGCGUGGAAUCUCUACCGCACCCUGCGAACCCGCCAACCCGCGCCUCUGGCCUCCUACAUCCGUCUCGGGUCCGCCACGCUGGUCAGCUCCUCCCCUGAGCGAUUCCUGUCCUGGACGCGCACUGGCACGUGCGAGUUGCGCCCCAUGAAAGGCACGGUGCGGAAAUCACCUGCAGUGCCUGACCUCGCGUCCGCCAUCCCCCUACUCGAUGUCCCGAAGGAAAAGGCCGAGAACCUGAUGAUCGUUGAUCUGGUGCGGCAUGAUCUGCACGGCAUUUGCGGUAGCGGGAAUGUGGAGGUCCCGAGACUGAUGGUCGUUGAGGAGUACCGGAGUGUAUUCCAGAUGAUUAGCGUUGUCCAGGGGAAGAUUACCCCUCCAGAGGAGGGGGUCGAUAGGGAAUAUACUGGAGUUGACGUCCUGGCUGCGAGUCUACCGCCUGGAUCUAUGACGGGGGCGCCAAAGAAGAGGAGCUGUGAGAUACUGCAAGAGAUUGAGGGCAAGGAACGUAGUCUUUACUCAGGGGUUGUGGGUUAUAUGGAUGUGGGUGGGCGAGGCGAUUGGAGUGUGACCAUCCGAAGUAUGUUCCGCUGGGACGACGAGGAUAUUGUCUCCUACACCGAAACUGGCGAGGAAAGGAGAAUCGAAACGUGGCAUAUUGGUGCAGGUGGUGCGAUCACCGCAUUGAGUACGCCGGAGGGGGAGAGGGAAGAGAUGCAGACGAAGUUGAAUGGGACAUUAGGCGCUUUUAGAUGAUUUCUGGGUAGGACUCACGUCUUUGCAUUAUGGGAGGAAGGAAUACUCAACGUAUUCGCAUUGGGUUUGGCGUUUGUUAGGAGGAUAAUAGCUCAACGAUACCAAUAGGUG